GCGACGCGGUCGCAGCGCGCUGCGGGACGGGGCCGUGCAUCUGCUGAUCCUGCUGGUGGCGAUCCGCUGGCUGGGGACGCUGACCCCUGGCGUGGCAAAGGUGCUGCUGGUGGGGGACGGCACCAACGUGUUCCAGUCCACCCCGCUCUCGCCUGGUGGCAACAACGGGGACUCGGGCAAGCAGGAGGACGUGGAGGACCUGGACGAUUUCGAGGGGGACCCUUCCGACGUCGCUGCGAUGCUUGCCCAGUUCAAGUCCGCCAUGCAGAAGCCCAUCACAGAGCAGAUCUCCGACCUCAAGGGGGGCAUCGUUGCUUCGGUCUCGUCCCACACGGAGUCUCUGGUCAAGGCUGUGGCGGCUCGGCAAGAAAAGACGAAUUUGAAAUUGCGCUCGGAGCUGGAGGAGCUACGAGCCAGGCAGCAGGUCACGGAGCAGAGCCAGACGGACUUCAAAGAGCAGCUCAAGCAGAUCAGAGAAACUCUGUAUCUGGCAGAGAGUACCGUACCUAUCAAAGAUUUUGACUCAAUGGCUGAAUGGGAUCGCGAUCCCGACACCACCGUUCUAUGUGCAAAUACCACCGCACAUGUGGCAGUGGAGGAGCUCAAGCGUGCCAUCACCCCGUGGCUGGAGGAGGCCAGCAUCGAGGCAGAUAAAUGGAAAGUUGUGG